ACUUCCGGUAUUUUUACGGCAGCCUGCUGGUUUCCUUCUACAAACAGAGAUGUCAGCUGGCUGAGAGGUGACAUGUACACACAGCAAAUAAAGCAAACGAACGACAUCGACAUAACUAAACUCUAGCAGAAACACGCGAUUACGCGACGCAAACAUUGCUUCGGGGCGGUAAAGUAAGCGCGGAAUGGGCGAGCAGAAAUGUUUGGACUGGUCAGCUGACUAGCCUGAGAACAGCAACGACAGCCCUGCAAGAAAUACCAGCUCUUUGGCUCGUUUAACAAAUGUUCGGAGUUGUUUUUGCACGGAGAAUCGUGUUUGGCUCUUUAAUGAGGAAGUAACGUCAGGGUUAAAUGAAGAAAUUACUUCAGCAUUUUCCCGCGCGUUACUCUUCAAGUUUAGCUUGAUAAGACAAUACUGCUAUGCUUCUCAGAGCUGUUUGUCCCUCCCAGCGUUCACUACUGUCAGGAAGUCACUGAUGCCCGCUAUAGUGAUCGCCCUCGACUGAGGAAAACAGCAGUGGUUUAUGUUCAGUCCAUCAAAGAGCUCUUGGAGCAAAAGACAGACCAUGUGGCUUCAGCAGAGGUUAAAGGGGCUGCCAGGUCUGCUCUCCAGCAGCUGGGCUCGCCGUGUCUUGGUUGGAUUACUGCUCUUCCUCAUUUUCUACUGGUACUUGAGCUCAGAUGGGCUCCUGAGGUUUCUCAGCAUGUCCAGGGAGUCUGGAGGAGCGGCGGGGGUGUGUCUGCAGACUGAUCUUCACAGGUGGGUGUCGUUGGUGGACCGAGGGGAGGGAGUGGUUCUCACCCCCCAGACCAAAGAAACGGUCCCGUUUGUGGUCGGUAAUGGACAUUUUCUGGUGGAUGUGGACUCUAACAAACUCUGGGUAGCUUCAUCUUCACAGCCGGGCUCUGCACCGGUUCUCCAAACAGACUACGGGCCGAUAGCGCGGAUGCAGGUGCCGGGAACGCGCUCGGAAGCCCGGGGAAUGAUGCUGUGGUACAGAAAAGGCUCUGUUUUUUCCAGCAGGUGCAUCCUGACGGCUUCUUCUCACGAGUGCGUCACCAUACGAGAGGAGUUCGUUGCCCAUCGCAGCCUACCCAAUGUUUAUCUUCAGAGAGUUCACAUAUCAAACCCUACAGACCGCCCGGUUUCGAUUGACCUGGUUUCGAUUGAGUCGCCGUCGUUUCGGAGCACCGUGGAGAAGAUGGAGGAAAAGGAGUUCGUGCUCUCCUCGGGACGGGUGCUCACGGAAAAGAAGGACACCGUGUUGGUGGUGGUGGCCACGAAGAAGCUGAGCACCAAGAUCCAGGUUCCUGCCAAAUCUGAAUACUCCGAAAACCUGGUGAGCGUGAUUCACACCUCGGAGCCCACCGAGGGCGGGAAACUGGACGAGACCCUCAGCAAACUGAGAGAAGGAGUCAAGAGGGAGAUGGUGGAUGUCCUCCGAGCCAAUGUGGAAGAAUUAAUGCAAGAGCACCAGCAAGCAUGGAUGGAUCUCUUCAUAUCUGGUGUGGAGAUCAGAAAGAUCACAGACGCCCAUACUCCGUCCAGUCGCACAGUCAACAACACACUGUACUACAUUCUGUCGACCUCCACAGCGCCCCUCCUGGAUCAGAGUCUGACCGCAGAAGAGCAGGAGCGCCUGGAGUCCAGUCUGAACUACGCUGACCACUGCUUCAGCGGCCACGCCACCAUGCACGCCGAGAACCUGUGGCCGGAGCGCCUGACCAAUGUGGCUCAGAUUCUGCAGCUGGUGAAUCUCUGGAACCUGACCUUCCAGAAGAGAGGAUGCAAGGUCCUCGUGGCGGCAGGCACUCACGGUAUGAUGCAAGGCAUGGUCCUGAGUUUCGGCGGUCUACAGUUCACCGAAAACCACCUUCAGUUCCAAGCCGACCCAGAUGUUCUUCACAACAGCUACUCUCUGAGGGGCAUCCAUUACAAUAAAGACCUUAUCAACCUGGCCGUGCUGCAGGACGCCGAGGGCAAGCCCUUCCUGCACGUGUCCGUCAAGCCUCAGGAGAAACCCGUGAAGCUGUACGCCUGCGAGGCCGGCUGCAUGAACGAGCCUGUGGAGCUGACCUCGGAGCUGCGAGGCCACACGUUUCCGGUGAUGGUGACCCAGCCCAUCACGCCUCUGCUGUACAUCUCCACUGAUCUCACUCAUCUGCAGGACCUGAGACACACGAUGCACGUCAAGGCCAUCUUGGCUCACGAGGACCACAUGGCCAAGCAGUACCCAGGCCUGCCCUUCCUCUUCUGGUUCAGUGUGGCAUCCCUCAUCACGCUUUUCCACCUCUUCCUCUUCAAACUCAUCUAUAAUGAGUACUGCGGGCCUGGAGCCAAGCCGCUCUUCAGGAGCAAGGAUGAUGAUUCUGUCUGAAGCCUAAUCCAGUGUGCAGACACAUUAAAUAUGGCUCUUAUCUCUGGAUGUCCUCUCAGGAUUGAUUUUAAUCACUGGAGACGUACUGAUGUAUCCAAGACAUGUUUUCCAUUAUUGCGGUGUGAAUUUAAUUAUGAACAUUAUCUUAAUUCUGUCGAGGAAUAUGUAAAUUGUUAAGGUUCAAUAUGAAGACAAUUUAAAGGUGCCCAGUCAUGUGCAAAUUAAUAUCGAUAAUUAUGAAGGAUUCAAACAAGACCUUUAUUAAUGAAUAAUUCAAGCUUAUAAACAAGCAUAAUAAUAAAAUCUUAAUGGAAAUCGAAUCAAAUGUCCAGCUCUUAAACACUGAUUUUACGUGAAUGAAGAAAAAAAUCUUAUAAAAUCCCAAUGAAAUGGAAGUAGCAACAGAGCUUUUCUUCUGUAUUGUGAUGAACAUCUGAGUGUGACGGAUUAUUAAAAAAACAAUGUAAGGCAUGGAUUAGUGAUUGGGGAUAAAUGAGUGGAGAAGUCAGGCAUGUGUCACCUUAUUUUCACUGUAAUAACGAGUUGUGACAUUUUGAUUAUGAGGUCAAAAAAUCAGAUACAUGGAUGAAAAUGGGCUAAAUGAAUCUACGUCAGUAGUAGAAAUACUUACCCUUAUUAAAACAGCUGGGAAGAG